AUGAUGGAAGAGAAUUUACCAAAGGCUAAGAUGUCGGGUCGUUUGAUGGUUGCAGGCGAUCCAGCAUUAAGAUCGCUGAGCAAUAAGGAGAAUGAAUCUAGAGAAUCGUUGAGUAAUUUGAGUAAUGGAAGCGUUUCAAGUCUUGUGACUCCUCAUUCUCGCAACAGGAGUUCUGCAAAUACACAUUUUCAGUAUGCUACGACUGCGUAUGGGGUCCGGAUGCUUUCCAAGGAUAUUAUCAAUACGAAGGUUGAUCUUCAAGUGGAAAACUUGAUGAUCGUGACGAAAUUAAACGAUGUUUCUCUGUACUAUCUGACCAGAGAACUCGUUGAAUGGGUGUUGUGCACUUUCCCGCAUAUUAACGUCUACGUGGAUUCAGUAUUGAAAAAUGACAGUAAAUUCAGUGCAAUAGAGAUUUGCAAAGAUUCUAAGUGUGUCGCUAGUAGGAUCAAAUACUGGACUACGGAUUUCAUUGAUAGCAAUGACGUUUUCUUUGAUCUGGUCGUCACUAUGGGUGGUGAUGGUACGGUUUUAUACGUCAGUUCCAUUUUCAAGAAACAUGUGCCACCGAUUAUGUCCUUUUCAUUGGGAUCUCUGGGAUUUCUAACCAAUUUUAAGUUUGAGAAUUUCAGAAAGGAUCUUCCAGAUAUCUUGAAUAAGAAGAUUAGAACUUAUUUAAGACUUCGGCUAGAAUGUAAACUUUAUAGAAGACAUAAACCAGAACGAGAUCCAAGGACGGGUAAAAACAUUUGCGUCGUAGAAUUAGUCUCUACUCACCAUAUACUGAAUGAACUGACAAUAGAUCGUGGUCCAAGUCCAUUCAUCUCAAUGUUAGAGUUAUAUGGAGACGGUUCCUUGAUGACAGUGGCACAGGCAGAUGGCCUAAUCAUUGCUACGCCGACGGGGUCUACAGCAUACUCAUUAAGUGCAGGUGGCUCUCUUGUAUGUCCCACAGUGAAUGCUAUAGCAGUGACGCCAAUAUGUCCACAUACUUUAAGUUUCCGACCUAUUAUUUUACCAGAUAAUAUCAAUUUGAAAGUGAAAGUAUCCGCGAAAUCAAGAAGUACUGCAUGGGCUUCGUUUGAUGGUAAAGAUAGGACUGAGUUACAAAAGGGAGAUUUUAUAACUAUUUCAGCAAGUCCAUAUAGCUUCCCUACGGUGGAAUCGUCACCUAUGGAAUUCAUUAACAGUAUAAGUAGGACAUUGAAUUGGAAUGUCAGAGAACAACAAAAAUCGUUAACGCAUAUGUUAUCUCCUAAGAAUAAGGAAAAAUAUGCUAUUGAAUCUAAGAACAUUGAAAAAUUGAGUUCAUCGUCUGAAGAAGAGAUUGAAGAACCUAAAAUUUUCGAUGAGAGGGGUAAAAAUACGAAUGGAAGUAGCUUAAGUGAGUCAGAUAUUUCUGAUGAAAAUGCUGAAGAUAAAGAACCUGAAGAGGUUUGUGUUGAACAGCCAAACUUUAAACCAAACGUAAAAUUUACCAUAUGA